AGGCAUCUCUUCUGGUUCGGAUGGUUUCGUGGCGGAUGAACUGGACUCCCGCAAAUAAUGUCACAUGUCUGGCACCGAGCGAGCAAACUGAGACGGGGCUGGAGGGGUCUCUGGAGGGGAUGGGAGAUUCCCGUCAUGUGCCGGUUGUGCGUGACAUCAGUCGCACUGGGAAUAGCGCUAUCCAUCACUGCCGGGGUUACUUACAAAUGCAUUCAUCCUCACUGAAGGCGUGACACGGGGCGAAACGGUCCAAAAAACAUACUUCGCAGCUCACGCAUCCAUGCCAAGAAAUUUGAUCCAGGAGUCCCAGCCCAAGAGAAUCCAUUGUACCUUUGGAGGAUGGAUAGGGGGUCUGGAGAAAACCACAUCUCCCCUUUUCAAGGACAAAACCACUGCUGCUCCAAGUUCAAGACAUUUCUGGCAGCCUUAUGCUUUGCCUAUUUCACCAAGACGCUGUCCGGCAGCUAUAUGAAGAGCACAGUGACUCAACUGGAGCGCCGCUUUGAUGUCCCCAGUUACCUGAUAGGGGUUAUUGAUGGAAGCUUUGAGAUGGGUAAUUUGCUGGUGAUUGCGUUUGUCAGUUAUUUUGGAGCGAAGCUUCACAGACCAAAGAUCAUUUCAGUAGGAUGCCUCCUGAUGUCUGCUGGGACGUUCUUAAUCGCCACACCUCACUUCAUCACUGGCCGCUACAAGUUUGAAACAGCAGUCAGGUCUUCGGUGAACACCAGCAUUAGUCUGUCCCCGUGUUCAGUGAGCUCACUCGACCCGCUGACACCAGACGACAGGCUUCCCGCCAUCCCAGGCUGUGAGCGGGAGUCCAGUCUCUCUAUGUGGAUCUACGUUCUCCUGGGAAACAUACUGCGGGGAAUCGGCGAGACUCCUAUACAGCCGCUGGGAAUCUCGUACAUCGACGACUAUGCCCGUGCAGAAAAUGCUGCCUUCUACAUUGGCUGCAUUCAAACAAUAUCCAUCAUUGGUCCAGUGUUUGGUUACUUACUGGGAUCUAUCUGUGCUGGAAUAUAUGUCGACAUUGGAUUUGUGGACAUGGACAGCAUCACGAUCACCCCGGGCGAUGCCCGCUGGGUGGGGGCCUGGUGGCUGGGCUUCAUCAUAGCAGGAACCGUCACCCUGCUCUCUGCCAUCCCAUUCUGGUUCCUGCCCAAGUCGCUGCCCGUGCCAGCAGGCCUCCGCCUCUCUGGGUACACCGCGGGACAGCAGUCUUGCUUCCUCAUGGGCGCGUCGCACAGCGGGCACAAGCACACUGCUGAAGAGCCUCCCGCACUUCUCGAAAUGGCGAAGGAAUUUCUGCCAUCUUUGAAAAACCUGCUUGGCAACCCAGUCUACUUCCUGUAUCUCUGCGUGACCAUUGUCCAGUUCAACUCCCUGAUUGGGAUGGUCACAUACAAGCCAAAGUACAUCGAGCAGCAUUAUGGACAGUCAGCAUCCAACGCCAACUUCCUUAUGGGCGUCAUCAACAUCCCGGCUGUGGCCCUCGGCAUGUUCUCAGGAGGUGUCAUCAUGAAGAAAUCCAAGAUGAGCCUCAUGGGGGCAGCCAAGUUCGCCUUUGGGACGUCACUGCUGGGCUACUUCCUGUCCCUCUUGUUCUUCUCCAUGGGCUGUGAGAAUGCCAAGGUGGCAGGGAUAACAGUGUCCUACAGAGGAGUGGAGGGGCUCUCUUACAACGAGACGUCCCAGCUUGCAGACUGCAACUCCGGCUGCCUCUGCCCCACGAACGACUGGGACCCGGUGUGCGGCGAGAACGGAAUCACAUAUGUUUCUCCAUGCUUAGCCGGAUGCCGUACUUCCCGUGGAUCGGGGAAGAACACGGUGUUCGAGCAAUGCCAGUGCGUGGCAGAGGCUGGCCAAGGCCCCCUCAACUUGACGGCCACGGCGGGACACUGUCCUCACAGAGAGGGCUGUGAUCGCAUCUUCCCCUACUUCCUGGCCCUCUCCGUCAUCAGCUCGUUCAUCAUCUCCCUGGGUGGCACCCCGGGCUACAUCCUGCUCAUCAGGUGCAUUAAGCCAGAGUUAAAAUCCUUAGCUUUGGGAUUACACACACUGGCUACACGAACUCUUGCGGGAAUCCCUGCCCCCAUAUACUUCGGGGCUAUCAUUGACAGCACCUGCCUGAAGUGGAGGCAGAACAGAUGUGGGGGGAGAGGAGCUUGCAGGAUCUACAACACUGUGGCAUACAGGAUCGUCUACCUGGGCCUGACACUGGGGCUGCGGACCGCAUCCUUUUUCCUCUGCCUGCUGGGAUUCGCGCUGCUGGAAAAGCAGAUCAGGGAGGAAGCAGAGGGGCGGAGCAAGCUGGGGAACGGCACGGCGGAGGCCGUCACCAAGGGCGAGGAGGAGAACGACGAGAGCUCGGCGCACUGCAGCCGUGACCCUGACUGGGAGACGCGUCUCUGAGACGCCCUCCAUCCUCACGCAUGCGCCGGGCAGCACCAGCAAACACUGCAAACUGAUUUCAUACUGCAGAUUUAUAUUUCUACACAAAUCACAAGCAAAAUAUUUCAUAGAAAUUGCAAAUACAUACCGUUUUACAAAAGAUCAUUUUUAUAUUGACUUUUUUAAGUGUCUGAUUGUAAAUGGUUUGGAGCUGUAGAAGUAUGGACUUUCAUUCCAUGAUAGUUGUUUGUGACUGUUGAAACCGUGUCCCGUAUCACUUUCUGGUUCAGGCGUCGCAGAGACACGACUGUGUCUGGUCAUUACGUUCCCCAUCUUGUUAGAAGCUGUUUAUGAAGCAGUAACCAUUACUGUAACACUCCCUGGUGCACAUCCGGCCUCCUUUGUCACAGGAAGUGGUUCUGGGCACUCAGCAUCAUCAGCUGACGCCUCAGACUGAAACCAUGCAGCAGUACGAUGAGAGGUAUCGCCUGAGGCCUCACGCACCACCCGCAUUGUUCCUAAUUAACCGGCCCUUUGUGCCUCAGCCUCCCGAUCCACCAUCAACCCUAACAGAGAUGUUGAUUUCAGUAGCAUUGGGUUAUUGUACCUGUCCGUAUUCAAUAUUACUUCCAUAAUAGAACAUUACUUUUUAAGAAACUGGAUUUCGCUUCGUGCGCAAACACAUAACAGAUGAAUAUUACUGCAAGUAAUGCCCCAUAACCUAAAGUGAAAUAUUCAGUUCUUUUUCUGACCAGAUAAUUGCAUCCAGUACGUAUGAUUUUAGGAGGAGGGGAAAAACUAGAUAAAAGCCAUAGAGCCUGACUUUGAUGAUUCAAAUAGUGUAAACAUUCCACAUUUCCAUGCUUGAUAGAUUUUAAAAACAACCUCAUUCCUUUCAGCUGUGACCCAACAUCAGUAUAUUUCCUUUGAACACAAAAAUUCAGAAAAUCUAUAUAUUAUACAUACAUUUUAUGGACAAAAGUAUUGGGACACCUGACCAUUACAACUACAGGAACUUUUAUGACAUCCCAUCCUAAAUCCAUAGGCAUCAGUAUGGAGUUGGUCGCCCCUGUGUAGCUAUAAUACCGGCCACUCUUCUGGGGGGGCUGUCCACAAGAUUUAGGAGUGUGACUCUGGGGAUUUUUGCCCAUUCAUCCAGAAGAGCAUAUGCGAGGUCAGACACUGCUGUUGGACAUGAAGGCCUGGUUUGCAAUCGCCGUUCUAGUUUAUCUCAAAGGUGUUUGAUGAGGUUGAGGUCAGGGCUCUGUGUGGGCCAGUCAAGUUCUGCCACAACAAACUCACCUAACUAUGUAUUCAAGGAUCUUGCUUUGAGAACUGAGGCACAGUCAUGGUGGAACAGAAACAGGCCUUCCUCAAACUGUUCCCGUAAACCUGGAAGCAUAGAAUAGUCCAAAACAUCUUGGUAUACUGGAGCAUUAAGAGUUCACUGGAACUAAGAGGCCCAGCCUAAACCCGGAAAAACAGGGUUUGUCUGACCGCAGGGUGAGGUGCUUGAUUUUAUGGAUCUGGGUCUGAAUGAAAUACCUGAAUUCAAUGAAUAAGAUUGUGUCCCAAUGUUUUUAUCCAAUGGCACGUGUGUGUGUGUGUGUGUGUAUAUAUAUAUAUA